CAUUUUCAUAUAAUUCCUUUUCAACUUCUCAGUUCUUAGGGUCUCGGCGUCGGCGGCAAAGAGACAUCACAUUCUUCUCUUCCUUCCCCGUUGUGCACUCCCAUUCUCAUCGCCGUCAAAAUGGUUGACGAUAAGAAGCUUUCCAACCCCAUGAGGGAAAUCAAAGUCCAGAAGUUGGUACUCAACAUCUCCGUUGGAGAAAGCGGCGAUCGUCUCACCCGUGCCGCAAAGGUGCUGGAGCAACUCAGCGGACAAACCCCAGUGUAUUCCAAGGGUAGAACGAAUUGGGUUUUUGCAGCUAGGUAUACUGUUAGGUCUUUUGGGAUCAGGCGUAAUGAGAAAAUAGCUUGCUAUGUGACCGUGAGGGGCGACAAGGCAAUGCAGCUGCUGGAGAGCGGUCUGAAGGUGAAGGAGUAUGAGCUCCUGAGGAGGAACUUCAGCGACACUGGAUGCUUUGGUUUCGGUAUCCAGGAGCAUAUUGAUCUUGGAAUCAAAUAUGAUCCAUCAACUGGUAUUUAUGGUAUGGACUUCUUUGUUGUCCUUGAGCGCCCGGGAUACAGAGUGGCCCGUCGCCGCAGGUGCAAGGCACGCGUUGGGAUUCAACACAGAGUUACAAAGGAAGAUGCCAUGAAGUGGUUCCAGGUCAAAUAUGAAGGAGUUAUUCUUAACAAGGCCCAAAACAUCGGAUCUUAAGUCAUUUCUUCACUGAUCUGCUCAAAUUUGGGAUAGCUGUAUUUCCUUUUCACAGGCUUCCUGAGAUUUGAAAGUUUUGAAUAUUCUGGGAGAGAUUUUGAAUCGCUGGCAGUUCAAGUGUUACAUUACCUCUUUUGUUUGGACCAUCAAUACAUUCGGGUUGUCAAAUUAUGACGUAUAUUUAGCAGCUCAAUCCAAGAAUGGUAGGUACAUUGGUCUGAAAAAUCUCGACAGUUAGUGUUAACUUUUAACAGUUGCUGUAUUUCAGGAAUUCAACAAGCUCUCUUUUCUUCAACUUGGAGUACCCUUUCACUCCCCUUGACUUGGCCAGUUCCUUCAGCUGAGCCAGCUUCAUUUGCUCUAGUUUUUGGUUUUCCAACUUGUCACCUUCUUGUGUUGCUGAGUUUCCAUCAUCGAGCUCAUUAUCCAUUACCCUGGGAGCCGACGUAGAUGGUAUUGGCGACCUUCUCAUGAAGUUAGUUGGUGGUCGAUUCUUGAACUCUGCUAUUCCCCCUUGCACAGUGCUUUGUGAAACCUGCUUCUCCAGCAUUCCUUGCUUCCGCCUUGUUUCCCCCUGCUUCACUUUCUCCUUGUUCUUAGCCUUCCCUGCAGAUGUUAGACAAACUUUACAGUGCCUUGCUUGUACUAAUGGAGUUGUGGCGUUUCCACUGAUUAUGACAAGUCAAAAGAACCAAAGGGGAUGAGAAAGGCAGUGAAUUUACUUUCUGAAAAGAUUUCAUUUUCACCUGAAACGGAAUUGAUUGUUGCACUUUUCUUCUGCGAUGUGGCGUCCUCGGCGCUUCCAUUGGAUUCUGUUGAAGAGAUUGCAAUCCUUAUCCGUCUGAAAAGGGCUAUAAUCUCCUUUUCUCGUGACGAAAUGGUUGCUUUCCUCUCAUGUUUCUUGCUGAUCCUGCUGCUGCUUAUUCUAUUGCCUGAGCCCAGAACUUUUGGAGAAGCAAAUGCGAAAGACCCAAUACCUUUCGAAGAUGCAGAGUAAAAGGAAAUCUUCUGGAGCCCGACGCAUUUGGACGAUGAGAAUGGGGGAAGGCGAAUUGCAGGGCCGCCAUAGGAAUAAGAAGCUGCUGCGUCCAUUUAUUAAUUUUAGAACUUGGGUUCCCGAUUCUGAAGAUUUGUGAUCAGAAAUGGACUCCCAAUGUCCCAGGGACUGAAGUAUCGUCACCUGAAGCGACUAGUGGCUCUGUUUUCACUCCUUGAAACUCAUCAAGGCCACGUCUUGAUCAAAACGCGUGCUAAACACGCGCUUGUUUUGUA